AUGAGAAGCAAGAAGUGGUAUGCUGACCGAGGCAUUCCCUUCCGUCGCGGCUAUCUUUUGUAUGGAGCUCCUGGUUCGGGAAAAACAUCCAUCAUUCACAGUCUCGCUGGUGAACUGGGCCUCGACAUCUAUGUCAUCUCCCUCUCCACAGCAGGCUUGGACGACACUGGCCUCAACAGCCUUAUCUCUGCGCUCCCUGAGCAGUGUAUAGCACUCAUGGAAGACAUCGAUGCUGCAUUCACUCAUGGCUUGACGCGCGAGACUGUCGGUACGGAGCUCGAAGACCCCCGCGACGCCGAGAAACGCAAGGAGCGCCUCGAUGAUCCCGACGGCUCCGGUGGCAAGGACGCGCAGCGCGACCGGAAACAGGGAGCGGACUCGACGCGGAUCACUCUUUCUGGGCUUUUGAAUGCUCUUGACGGAGUCAGCGCCCAGGAAGGACGGUUGCUAUUUGCGACGACGAACCGGUACAGCGCAUUGGACCCUGCGCUUACAAGGCCAGGGCGGAUGGAUCUCCACGUGGAGUUUAUGUUGGCUAGCCGGUACCAGGCUAAGGAGAUGUUCAAGAGAUUCUAUGUUCCCGAGGACGAGAAAGAGGGCGAGGAUGCGGACGAUGUGGACGAGAAGGGCAGCGAUUCAGGGUACAGCUCAUCUUCCAAAAAGGAAGACUCUACCGGAGGUCCUGACCUCAUAGACCUCUCUGUGGACUUGUCUUCGUCGACUCCGGCUGCUCCAGCCGCCGCUGUUCCACCGAACUAUACUGGUCUGAUGCACUCCACGCGGGCGCCGACGCUUUCGAAGAGACAGAUCGAACGGCUCGCAACGCAGUUUGCGGACACGCUGCCGGACCGGGAGUUCUCCAUGGCCAGCCUGCAGGGAUAUCUGAUGAGCUACAAAAUCCGGCCCGUGCAGGCUGUCGAUGAUGUCGCACGGUGGGUUGAGAGGAAGACUCAAGAAAGAGGGUCCAAGGUGAAGCCCGAGACAUAA